AUAUACCUUCUCUCACGAGAAAAUAAAAAAAAAUAAAAAAAAUUGAAAAGCCAAUCAAAUUCACAUUCACAUCACCGUCAUCAUCAUCGUUCUAACAACUCCGUUUCAGUCCACAGAACCUGUUGGCCAUUUGCGUGGCGCACUUUCCGACAUUCACUCGCCGUCGAUCUGCUUUGCUUCUAACAACAAUCCUCUGACGUAAGCCUCGCUCUGAAGGAAGAGCUUCUUUCUCGGUACUUGAGCUCAGCUGGGUUUUCUUUUUGAGUAGAUGACUUGGGAAAUUGGAAGGGUUGGUAGUUAGUUGGUUUUACUUGGCUAUGUGGGUUGCGCUUAAUUGGAACCAUGGUUGCGUGGGUGUGUUGUUUCUGGACUGUUGGGGAUGAACUGAGGCUCAUGAACUGUGAUUCCGUGCUGUGACUUAAUUUAGAUAUAAUUAAUUGUGUUUAGGAGUAUUUGGAUUAGGAUUGGGGGUUCGUGAUUGUGAUCAUGGAAGCUAGAUUUGGUGCAGAGGCUUAUCAUUUUUAUGGUGUGGGUGCUUCCUCAGGUAUGGGGAAGAGGUCUUCAGAAUGGGAUUUGAAUGAUUGGAGAUGGGAUGGUGAUCUUUUCAUAGCUAGCCGGGUGAAUCCGGUGGCUUCAGAUGGUGUGGGAGUGGGACAACAAUUUUUCCCUCUUGGGUCCGGGAUCCCGGUGGCUGGGGGUUCCUCUAACAGCUCUUCUUCCUGCUCUGAGGAAGUAGAUCUUAGGAAUCCCAACGGGAACAAGGAAGGGGAGAAGAAAAGGAGAGUUAUUGUGUUGGAAGAUGAUGGUUUGAAUGAGGAAGCAGGUACCCUUAGCUUAAAGCUUGGUGGGCAUGGUUCUCCUAUGGUGGAUAGGGAGAUUGCUAGCUGGGAUGGUAUGAAUGGGAAGAAGAGCAGAGUAGCUGGAGGUACUUCGAAUCGAGCUGUUUGUCAAGUGGAGGACUGUGGUGCGGAUCUGAGCAAAGCUAAGGAUUACCACAGACGUCAUAAAGUUUGUGAGAUGCAUUCUAAGGCAAGUAGGGCGCUCGUGGGAAAUGCAAUGCAGAGGUUCUGUCAACAAUGUAGUAGGUUUCACAUGCUUCAAGAGUUCGAUGAAGGAAAGAGAAGCUGUCGAAGACGCUUGGCAGGCCAUAAUAAACGAAGAAGGAAAACAAAUCAUGAAGUUGUUCCUAAUGGAACUUCACUAAAUGAUGAUCAGACUAGUAGUUAUCUGUUGAUAAGUUUAUUGAAGAUACUUUCAAAUAUGCAUUCUGACAGGUCAGAUCAGACUACAGAUCAGGAUCUACUAACUCAUCUUCUAAGGAACCUUGCUAGGCAGAAUAGUGAACAAGGGGGGAAGAACUUGUCUAACCUUUUGCGGGAACCAGAGAAUUUAUUGAAAGAAGGGGGUUCAUCUAGGACGUCAGAGAUGGUUUCAACUUUAUUCUCCAAUGGUUCUCAAGGCUCUCCAACUGUUAUAAGACAACAUCAAACUGUAUCUAUGACUAAAAUGCAACAAGUGAUGCAGACACAUGAUGCUAGGGCUGCUGAUCAGCAAACCAUGUCUUCUAUAAAGCCCAGCAUUUCAAACAGUCCUCCUAUUUACUCAGAAGCCAGAGACAGUACUACUGGACAGAUCAAGAUGAAUAAUUUUGAUUUGAAUGACAUAUAUAUUGACUCAGAUGAUGGCAUGGAAGAUAUAGAAAGAUUGCCUGUCUCUACAAAUCUUGGGACUAGCUCUCUUGAUUACCCAUGGACACAACAAGAUUCUCAUCAGUCAAGUCCACCUCAAACGAGUGGAAAUUCAGAUUCUGCAUCUGCGCAGUCCCCUUCUAGUUCCAGUGGAGAAGCUCAGAGUCGCACAGAUCGAAUUGUUUUUAAACUCUUCGGCAAAGAUCCGAAUGAUUUUCCACUUUUACUUAGAGCACAGAUUAUUGACUGGUUAUCCCACAGUCCUACCGAUAUUGAGAGCUACAUACGACCUGGUUGUAUUGUUUUGACCCUUUAUCUGCGUCAGGCUGAGGCUGUGUGGGAGGAACUUUGCUACGAUCUGACCUCCAGUUUAAAUAGGCUGUUGGAUGUCUCAGAUGAUACUUUUUGGAGAACUGGAUGGGUUCACAUCAGGGUGCAGCAUCAGAUGGCCUUCAUUCUCAAUGGUCAAGUUGUCAUAGAUACAUCCCUACCUUUCAGAAGGAACCAUUAUAGUAAGAUUUUGACUGUUAGUCCAAUUGCCGUACCAGCAUCAAAGAGAGCUCAAUUUUCUGUUAAGGGGGUCAACCUGAUACGCCCUGCCACUAGGUUAAUGUGUGCUUUGGAAGGGAAAUAUCUGGUCUGUGAAGAUGCUCACGAGUCAACAGAUCAAUACUCCAAGGAGCUUGAUGAACAUCAAUGCAUCCAGUUUUCAUGUUCUGUCCCUGAGAUGAAUGGAAGAGGAUUUAUUGAGAUUGAGGACCAGGGUUUGAGUAGCAGCUUCUUUCCUUUCAUAGUUGUGGAGGAGGAUGUUUGCUCAGAAAUCUGCGUGCUCGAGUCCCUACUAGAAUUAAGUGAAACUGAUCCAGAUAUUGAAGGAACUGGAAAAAUUAAAGCCAAAAGUCAAGCCAUGGAUUUCAUUCAUGAAAUGGGUUGGCUUCUUCACAGAAGCCAAUUGAAAUCUAGGAUGGUUCACUUGAACGCAAGUGCUGAUCUCUUUCCAUUAGAACGGUUUAAGUGGCUUAUGGAGUUUUCUAUGGACCGUGAUUGGUGUGCAGUAGUAAAAAAACUGUUGAACUUACUGCUUGCUGGAACUGUGAAUACCGGAGAUCACCCUUCCCUGGAUGUUGCACUUUCAGAGAUGGGUCUCCUUCACAGAGCUGUAAGGAGAAAUAGCAAGCAGUUAGUGGAGCUGCUUUUGGGAUAUGUUCCUGAGAAUAUUUCCGAUAGACUAGGAACUGAAGACAAGCCACUAGUUGAUGGAGAGAAUCAGAGCUUCUUGUUUAGACCUGAUGUUGUUGGUCCUGGUGGUUUGACACCAGUCCAUAUUGCAGCUGGGAAAGAUGGUUCUGAGGAUGUACUGGACGCUUUAACUAAUGAUCCUUCCAUGGUGGGAAUUGAGGCAUGGAAGAAUGCUCGUGACAGCACAGGCUCCACACCUGAGGAUUAUGCACGUUUACGGGGUCAUUAUACUUACAUUCACUUGGUGCAGAAAAAAAUUAACAAGAGACAAGGAGCAGCUCAUGUGGUGGUUGAGAUUCCCAGCAAUCUUACAGAGUGCAAUGCAAAGCAGAAGCAAAAUGAGUUGUCCACCUGCUUCGAGAUUGCGAAGGCUGAAGAAAGACGUGGCCAAGGGCACUGUAAACUUUGUGAUACUAAAAUUUCUUGUAGAACUGCAGUAGGCAGGUCUUUGGUAUACAGGCCUGCAAUGCUCUCAAUGGUGGCCAUAGCAGCAGUCUGUGUCUGUGUGGCCCUUCUGUUCAAAACAUCACCCACUGUCCAAUAUAUGUUCCGACCCUUCAGAUGGGAAUCUUUGGAUUUUGGAACAAGCUAAGGUUCCUUAACUAGCAACGAAAUAAAACUUGAUAGGUAAUAUAAGGAUGCGUUCAUAGACCGAAUGACUGAGAUUUCCUGUAGGACUGGUUCUUUGUAUUGGCUAAGUUGUGCAAUAUUUUUUACAUAUUUGUUAUCCUUCAAUGGUCUUCAUUGUACAAUGUAUGCGGAUGUAACUCUUCUUCAGACACUAUUUGGUAGGAUCCUUCAUAUUUAAGUGUAAUACUUGAAUGGAAUCUUCAAAAUGUACCAUUUAAGUGUAAUAU